AUUAUUUUGAAAGUCGCGCGUCUCCAUUUCUGACGCGACAGAAUGCAUGCAGUCCUUGUUCUAUCUAUAUUUCCAUGUGAUUUUAGGUACGCAGGCCUAGGCCUAUUAUUUUACAUCAAUAAAAACAAUGGACGAGUAAUUUUUCAUAUAGGAUAAUACUAUUAUAUGCCUAUGUUUAGGUCUAAUGAAUGCUGAGAUACGAUGUCAAAGCAGACGACUAAGAAAAUUCAUGUUUACAGCAAAGGCAGAUCGACAAAUCGCAAUUUGACGGGGGAGAAUUCAAACCGAGCUGUUCUCAAUCGACACGGUAUAUUUUUAGGCGAUCAUAUCGGGAAAGGUAGUUACUCAAGGGUUCGGCUUGCUGUUUUAGAAAGAAACAUGAAAACGGUUGCUGUCAAAAUAAUUGACCGGCGGAAAGCACCGGAUGAUUACCAAGAGAAGUUUCUGCCUCGUGAAUUGGAAAUAAUUACGAGUCUUAAACAUGAACACAUUGUAAAAACAUAUCAAUAUUUUGAGGAGAAUCGUAAUAUCUACAUGAUAAUGGAGUAUCUUAGUGGUGGCGAUGUACUGCAAUAUAUACAGACUCGAUCCCGAGGACCUGUGUGUGAAGGGUUAGCAAAGCGAUGGAUUAAGCAGACUAUCGGAGGUUUAAUGUAUCUUCACGGACUGAAUAUAGCUCACAGGGACGUUAAAUGUGAAAAUCUUCUGCUUGACGACGGAAGUAACGUAAAAAUUACUGACUUUGGUUUCUGCAAGAAAAUGAACCCGGCAGAAGAGCUUAGUAAGACGUACUGUGGCUCAGCGGCUUACGCGGCUCCAGAGAUUAUCCGGUCAAUUGCAUAUAAUCCAUACAUUAGUGAUAUCUGGGCUCUGGGUGUUGUGUGCUACGUCAUCACAACUGGUACUAUGCCAUUUGGUGACGACGUGAAAGAUGUGCACAAGAUCGUCGCUGCCCAAUCAAAACCUCUGUACUUCAUCAGAACGCGCGCGCCUUCGGAAACUUGCCAAAAUCUCAUUCAGUCUAUGCUUACUGUCGAUGUCACUAAACGUGCCACGUUUAAAGAAAUUCUAUUAAGUAGUUGGAUGAGCCCGGACAGCUCGCCGACGACAAUCGAACCGAUGAAGAAAGUACAGCGUCUAUUGGACACGCAUUUAAUGUGCAAUUUGACAGGUUGA